AUGUUAGAAAUCAAAAACAACGUACUAAAUCUUUUUCCAACAGACGACCUUGGGCACCCGACGUCGCCGCAGUCACUACGAAAUGGACAGGAGGCGAGUGUGGACUUUCAAAACAAAAUGAUUCCAAUGACGACAAUGGUACCCUGCGGUUCUGAACAUAUUCAUGAUGUCACCGCAUCGGAGCCCCUCAUGAUUGAGAAAUUGGCCCGCCUUGAACGAGACAUGGCACGUCUCAAAUCUGUUAAUCUUGGGCUUCUUCAGCAUUCUUUAGAUUUGCAAUCCACCCUUAAGUCUUCCGAGAUCGAGCUUGCGGCAAAUAAGCAAGAAAUCGCUCUUAUCAGAGAUGAGGGCAAUACAAAGUCUGUCAGUGACUUUGUGAAUGCUGCCGUUCGUGAGCACGCUGCUUUACGUCGGCAAAGUGAACUUGCCCUUAUUCAGGUGAAGCGAUUGAAGAUCCAGCUGACGGCUACAGAAGCCAAUUACCAGGUCGUUGCCAACGAAGCCACUUCGUACAAACUUAGCGCGUACCGGUUAUAUCGCAGGUAUAUAGAGGAAAUGGUUGCUGUGGUGGACUACAUACGCUUCCUACAGCGUUCUUGCAAAGGAUCUAUAUCACCGCAUCGGGCUGAGAUCAUGGAUAAACGUUUUCGCUUAAUCCUUGACGAAUUAAACUUGGCCUGUGAACGCAAUAAAUCUUUGGUCACUGACCUAUCGGAUAAACUGAACGAUAUCAAGACAUUCAAACAACAAAUUUCAUUUCUAAGGAUGGAGAAAAAGCCUGGUGGAAACGACGCUAUUGAGCAACAGUUCCUGGAUGCUCGAUCAACCACGCGUAGUGCUAUACACAAGUUUACUGAGUGUGAAGAAAACCUUAAGUUUAGUGAGGCUAAAGCUCAGAGAAUGGAAGUCUAUACUAAGGAACUUUCGGAAGAAAUUGCCCGUCUUGAGUUCCGUUGCUGGAACAUGAAACCUUUAGAAGAGGCUUCAUAUGAAAAGCUACUUCACCUGCGGGAUACUGUAUUCGCCAAAGCAGAGGCCCCACCUUUAGCAGUUCAGCCAAUAGAGACGGUUUCGCUUCAUGGUGGGACUGGUGAAACUGGCAAAAUGUAUCUCGGUGCGGAUGAUGAUGACACCGCAAUACGAGAAUACAAAACGUCAAUCUUGAAGCAAAAGGAACUGGCUCGCGAGUGCACUGGCCUAAGGGCAGAACUCGAUGCAAAGUCUCGUGAGAUACAGACGCUCACCUCUAACGUCCAUAACUUGCAAGACAACAUAAAGCAUUUAGAGAAUAAGACAAUCUUGUAUCAGGGACAACUUGAAGGCGAGCGUGUCAAGGCGGAAGAAAGGGAGGCUCGACUGAGGAAAGCUCAUGAGGUGCAGUCUGAGGUGGCAUGGAAGGCGACUGAACGCAAUUGCGACUGCUUGCGCGAUAUGGUGCAGAGGAAGGAUAAAGAAAUUCAUCAACUUCAGCGGCAGCUUCACGCGGAGCGGCAAAAAUAUGCCGAACUGAAGCUCGAGGACGCAAGCCGAUUAGAGCGAUUCCAUGAAAGGAUGUUCUCUGAGAAUGAGGCCAUGAUCGAGCGCUUCAAGAAUGCGGUACAAGAUAAAGCUGAUAUUGGCAAUGAUAAUGAACAAUCGCAGCCAGCACUUUUAGGUACUGAUAAUUCUAUCUUCGAGCAGCUACGCGGUUUGACUAGCGACAAUAUUCGUUUAAAGAGAGAACUUCAGGAGGCUCAAGCUGCAAAUGUAGUUCUGGAGUCGCAACUAAGCCAGCAAAAUCAGGACCUCCAAAGCGUUGCACAGACAAUGAUCGGUUCAGGAUUUAAAGUGAGUAUUUCAGGCCUGCAUGUGGAUGGAACCGGUGGCGAGCGAGUCGUCCAAUCCCACUCUUCUGUCAAAGAACCUGUUUCACCUUCACUCGGUGUAUCGACCGCUUGUCAGCCUGCUUCUAAUGUGAUUAAACGCACCGAUAUUUUAACCGGGAUCAUUAAUAAUCAAGGAGCUAUGAUCGAAAGUUUACGACAACGUGAAGUAGCAUUGUCAAAUGAACUACAACAGGAAAAGAAACUCCAUAACAAGGCUUACACCGCAUUACACGAGCUACAGUCACAUCAGGUUGAACAAGAAGGCACGUUACGGUUAGCAACCCAAGUGUCUACCGUCGCGUCCGACUCCGCGCUUGUUCGUGAGCUGCGUUCUAAUAUACUUUAUUUAGAACUGGAGCUUCGCAAUACCAAAGAAGCCCUUGAUCAAGAGAAAAUAUUAUCCAAUCGACUCCAGACUGACGUAGAGGACUGGAAGAAACAUUUGGAAAGUUUGCAGUUAGAGGUGUCACACCAGCGAAUAGAGGUUGAGAGCUCCGUACACUUGUCUGCUCUAAAUCAAGCACUCCAAAGCGAUUUAGGUGCAGUAAAAGAGCAAAAUGAAAAGUUGAUGACUGCAGUAUCAUUGCUUAAGGAUAAGCUAAUGGUAGAGGCUCAGAAAGGAAGUGAAACUACACGACAGCACCAUCAGGAAUUGGCACUAGCACGGCGUAUGGGGGUCAUCCAGAAUGAGUCCAUGCAACAUAUAAAAGUGCUUGAUCACCGCAUCAAAUCGAUUCAACAAGAGUUAAAUGAGCGUGUUGAAAAGGAGAAAGAAGCAUUGACCCGGUAUGAAGAUACACAACGCAUGGUUUAUCAGCUUCAUCAAAAUUUGCGUCACAAGGAAGCUGAUUUAGUUAAAUUGAAGCAGCAGCUUCAUCAUCUGCACGCUGAAAAAGGCCGACCUGGGGUAGAUCUUCAUUUUUCAGGAAAGACCCAGGUGCAGUCAAUUUUUAGAGAGAAAGGAAUCCAAGUUAUAGCCACUGAUUUAAACCCAGGUGCUGGUACCCUUGCACCCUACCCCUGUGCACCCACAAUCAUUCAGCCUUCUGCUGUUGAUACUAUGGCAACGUUAUCAACAGAUUACCCCUCUCAUGCAAAGUCCGUUAGCACGGGAAUAGCACAGAAAGAAAAUAAUGUGUCAUUAAUCGUUCGGAAAGCACGUAAGAUGGAAUUUGAUAACCUUCAGUGCAUUUCGGAGCUCCGUAGCCAACUGGCGCGCACUGAAAAAGACUUAGCUGAUGCGAGAGAGCAUCUCACAGCUGCUCAUGAAAACAAUUCCAAACUUCGUCAACAACUUCGGUCUCAUAAAAAGGACAUGGAGGAGAUGGGGAAGCGGCACGUAUGUGAGGUGGCUCAACUACGUUCUUUUAUAGUUUCAAAUAGGCAUCCACCCAAGACUACAAAAGAUGCGCCUUUGGCAACAGACCCGCAGCAGCACAUAGCGAUCCCCAAGUCAAAUUUCCAAGCUCGGGAUAAUGUUGAAUUGGUGAAAUCACAAGCCAUCCAGCAACAGGAGCAGCAACAUGAUGGCAUUGUUAAAGGGCUUUAUCGGCAAUUGCAAGUGGACGUUCCGGCAAAUGAGAACACACUACACCGCCACAUUGUUAAACUGAAUGCAACCAUCGACCGCCUAGUAGACAGACUGGCUCAUACAGAGCGCUCUAGCCCAGAUGAAGUUCGACGCACUUACAGUGUGCCAAAUACAGAAAAAGAGAAGAGUAUUGCUGCUUUGCAAGAUGAAUUAUUGAAGAAGGAUGAUGUUAUUCAAAAUUUACAUUCCACGCAAGAAAGCUUGAAUUUACAGAUCAGCCGCUUGCAGAGCCGCAUAAUGGAGUGCACGGAUUCGGGGAAGUCCGUUAGUAAAUCAAAGAAGCUUCUUCAAGAGCAGCUGCUGUCAACGCAGAAAGCACAACACAACCAAAUGGAAGCUAUGGUUGCCACCAUUGGUAACGUGAAAGUACUGAUUGAGCACCUUCGCGUUAAAAAUUCUGAGCUCACUCUACAGACAUCACAUAUGGCCAAGUACGAUGAGGCCUUGUCCGAGAUGAGACGUCUUCGUAGCAAAUUAGGCGCCAUCCAAGAUAAUUUUAUGGAUCUUUUGCGUAUAUCUAGCGCAUUAGCGCAAUCAGCUGUAGCUUAUCCUUCAGAUCGACAUCCCAGAUUGCGGCAAAGAUUACCCAUCACACGGACAGAGGUGGAUGGACCCGAUGUGCAGCCCGAGACGUUUCAGACCCCAACAGUAGGCCAAGCACACCACACUUUGGCCGAGGGGUGA